AUGGGAGACGUGCAUAGCAGGAGAAGUCCUCCAUUACCCUCGCCAACGGAAACUGUGUCACCCGUCGCCGUACCUCAGCUUCCCCACCUGCAGCCGACCCAGUUGUCGAGCUAUCAAAUCGCCGAUCAUGACCAUGCAAGCAAUUUAUCGAUGGACAGUAUCGUGGACAGCGUGGAUGGCCCAUUGAAAGCGGGCCCCCGAAUGCCUCGUUUUUCACGGGGAGACUCUGGAGAUCAGUUUAAUGGCCUGACACCAAUCACGGAGGAUUCACGACCGGACAACGAACAGCAGGAAGACCAGGCACGGAGCUCGCAAACAUUGAAGGAAUUGCGCAGGCAGAUGGAGGAGUUACUCGUUUAUCAACAAAUGCAGCAACAUCACACUGAUUCCGCGGCCCCAAAUCAAAUCGCACUCGGCCAUUCAAAUGAAACACCGAAGAAACGUCGGCUUUUUAACGCCCCCACGGAGAUCUCACCCACGAUUGUGCAGCCGUCCUCGGGCUCGAUCGGAUCAGGAGGGACGAUCAAAGCAGACGACAGCCAAGGCACAUCCUCUACGGAUCAGACAGUCUUUCAAACGCCCUCCUAUCCGUUUCCAAGGGUCCAAAAUCAAAACACACAACCGGAAUACGAGCAAUCAGGGCGCCAGGGACAAUUUCGGUUGAAGCUUCCUUCGGAGAGGCUUCGAUCAUCAACACCCGGAUCGCAAACUUCGGAGGACCACCAGGCUGCUUCUAUACCCUAUAGCGCCCAACCUGCAUUUCUUCCGCCCCAAAGCUGUCAUCCCGCUGAUGAUUCGGAAUACCCGACUCCCAGCCUAUACGAUUUAACGCUCAAGUUGAAUGCUGACCCGGGACUGGAAGCUUGGUGGUCGAACCUGAUCGAACUGUUGCAAUCCAACUACGGCGCAGAGCGCGUAUCACUGGCUGUCCCAGGAGAUUUAACAGAUCUAGAAAACGUGCCUUGGGGCCAGAAAGCAAUCUUUAAUCAGAAUGUUACCUCCGUGCCUGAGGAUACACCGUCGUAUACGAUUCCUGAAGCCACGUUGUCGGACUCUACGAUUGACGCCCGGACAUAUCAUGAUGAAGGAUGCCACGAUCGAAGUUCAGAAUUGGCUCCUAGCUUGAAGAGUCCUGCGUCAUCGCGGCCACCUUUGAAAUCACGCCACUCUUUUGCUGGAUUUGGGUAUGGCAAGAGGCCCACUCAAAUGUCAGAAUUAGACCGCCAUCAGCAGACUCCAAAGGCGUCCGUCAAGUCGGAGAAAAAGCAGGCUCGCAUUGUAGGAACCUCCAGAUGGGUGGAGGCGAUGACAGCUUCGAGCAGCCGGAGGCAACCGACCACUCAUUCUGAAGCGAACGAGCCUCGGAAUCCAGCGGCCUCUCCGUUGAGACAAGCCGUCUUCCCAAUCCCGAGGCCAUUGGAAGUAGAAUCGGACCCUUUGGUUAAGCGGGCUGGUGUGGUCAAGCUCUUCGGACGGAUUAACCCUGUCGUUCUGACUCGCGACUACUCCACGGAUGCGAUUGAUAAGCAAGCGGGUGGUAAUAAUGUGCCUCGGAGUCCGAACGAGACCAUUCAGAGGACCCCCAAUGCAGAUGGUCCCCAUACGACCGCUGAUCAUGGGCAUAGUGCACCUCUAACCAGCCUAGGCGCAGCUGGACUGCGACACUAUGACGAAUACGAGCAGUUUCCACAGUCUCCAUGGUCUCAAUCCCCGGCUCCUUCACCAGCCCCUCGAACGCAUGCAGACCAGAAUCCUUUCUUUACGUGUCACACGGUCGAUGAAAGCGCUUUCUCGAAGAACCCGCCUCACCACGACUACUCCAACUCGCAAUCAUUAGAGGCCAUUGGGAUCGAUCAUUCGAAAACGGUCAUCCAUAUUCCUCUUUUACAUGGUGGCCAUGCCAACCAAGCCACUAACUCGACUUUGCGAUUUCCGGUCGCCAUCAUUUCUAUGCUCUCUACAAUUGUGCCAUUUCCGCCUAAUCUCCGCCAAUCUCUUGCACAUCUCAUGCCGCACCUCACAACAUCCUUCUGCCUUGCACAACAAUAUAGUCAGCUGGAGCGACAGUUGACAUCUAAAGUGGACACACCUCGGUACGGACAUCUUCUUGGACUCGGUGGUACUUUCUCGGACGCGAGCAGUGAAUUGGAGCUCGUGGCGGGUCUUAGUGGUCAUGUGAGCUACUCAGUCGGCGAUGACAGCUCCAUGUCCGCGCAAGCUAGUAUUACUAGUCCCAGUGAUCGAUCAUCGAAUAAAUUUAGUCCAGCCAUAUCAAGCCUCGGGACGCCCGGGUUUGAAUUUGGUCAGGUGGCGCUGAACUCGGCGACUCAAUCUCCAGCCCUGGUUUCUCGCUCUGGAGACGCCACGGACAGUUAUUUCAAUGUCCAACAUACCAGGGCCGCUCGUGACAAUAUUCCAUCUCAGCGAUCCCGUCUUUCGAAGACAAAAUCAAGCCUCUCGUCCUCAACCCCGACAUCUCCGGGCAGGUUACCCAACAAACCCUGCGCCGGGGAAGAGGGCCACAAUGGUCAAGAUUUAGCUUCACUCGUCACAUCUCCAUUACAGGAAGUGCGACCGCCAAAUGUCCUGUCUCCAACCCAGCAGUCAUCGCGGCAAGGGUCAACAAAUUCCUUUUAUGCUCAACUUCAGCGGGACAUGCCCCGUCCUUUCUCGGACACGAUUGCGCAGUUAAUGCUCAAUUCCGUUCCUCUCCAUCUCUUCCUGGCCAAGCCCCAGAGUGGCGAAGUCAUCUGGACCAACGCUAAAUUUGAUGCCUAUCGGAGGAGUAAACCCCAGGAACAGCGAGUACGGGACCCUUGGCAGAAUAUUCACAGCAGCGAGCGAGAUCAAGUGUCUAGCGAGUGGUCAAAUGCCUUGCGUACAGGCUCUCAGUUCACUGAGCGAGUUCGCGUGAGACGGUUCAAUGACGAGACUGCCUAUCGGUGGUUCAUCUUCCGAGCGAAUCCUUUGUUGUCAUCAACAGGUGAGGUCCUCUACUGGAUCGGCUCCUUCCUUGACAUUCAUGAACAGCACAUUUCGGAGUUGAAGGCCACCCAAGAAAGGGAGAAAUUUGCUACAGACGCGAAAUACCGAGCAUUCUCCAAUUCAAUUCCACAAGUUGUCUUCGAAGCCACGGAGAACCGGGGAUUGAUAUUCGUCAACGAGCAGUGGAACCUGUAUACAGGUCAAAGUCUAGAGGAGGCUCUUAACCUUGGAUUCUCGAAGCAUGUUCACCCCAAUGAUCUUGAGAAAUGUGGUGGACUUGCAAUGCAAACGAACCAAUCGACUUCAAACGAAGAAGCCAAAUCAACGACCGACAGUGGACAAGGAGGAUCAUCAUCAGAAAGUCAUGGGGUUUCAUCUGCGCUCGACGAACUUGUGAGACGCGGUGUCGCUUCUUUGCAAAAGGAUGAGAAUGGACGUGUUUUCUAUUCUACCGAGAUUCGCCUACGGUCUAGAGGUGGUGACUUCCGAUGGCAUCUUGUGCGCCUAGUCCGAGUUGAGACAGGCAGUUUCGGCAGCGAGGAAGCCUCAUGGUACGGCACGUGUACUGACAUCAACGACCGGAAGAAUCUUGAGCGGGAGCUGAACAAGGCAAUGACCCAACUCAAUAGUCAGAUGGAGUCCAAGACGAAGUUCUUCAGCAACAUGUCUCACGAAAUUCGAACGCCUCUUAAUGGUAUCCUUGGCACCAUUCCAUUCAUUCUGGAUACGCAACUUGACACCGACCAACGGCGAAUGCUUGAUACUAUCCAAAAUAGUUCUACAAACCUUCGGGAAUUGGUUGACAAUAUUUUGGAUGUCUCUCGCGUUGAAGCUGGCAAAAUGUCGAUGGUCAAUUCCUGGUUCCACGUUCGGUCCAUGAUUGAGGAUGUGAUUGAUACGGUGGCUUCCCGAGCCAUCGACAAGGGCCUGGAGAUCAACUAUUUGAUGGAGGCGGAUGUUCCAUCAAUGGUGAUUGGUGAUCGGUUCCGAAUUCGUCAAGUGCUGAUCAACUUGGUUGGUAAUGCUGUCAAAUUCACUGCACACGGCGAAGUCUACAUCUCCUGCAAUCUUUCCCAUGAAUCAUCGGCGAAACUCAAGAAUACCGAGGCAUUUUUGAAUUUCGACGUCGUGGAUACUGGCAAAGGAUUCAGCUCACAGGAUGCAGAACGUCUCAUGCAAAGAUUUAGUCAACUUGGUGAAAAUGGUUCACAACAACAUGCCGGCAGCGGGUUGGGCUUGUUCUUGUCGAAGCAACUUGUCGAGAUGCACGGCGGCAAGCUCACCCCGAGCAGCAAAGAGGGCCAGGGUGCCCAAUUUUCCUUCAACAUUAAGGUCGAUGCUCCUCCGCCUCCAUCACCUUCCGAGCGGCCCUCGCUACUUCGUCAGGCCUCCACGGUCUCGAGACGACCGGCAACAUCUAGGACGACAUCCUAUGACCAAAGUAGUUCAUUGGCCCCGAAUCCUGUGCUGAAUUUCGCAACCCUCUCGCCUGGACUCGAGUCGCCGGAAUAUGAUCUUGGAUCAAAAGGCCUCUACCCGUUGUCUGCCGCAUCAUCUGCCUUGCCCACGCCAGAUCUUUCUACAGCGCACGCGCCACCUGUUGUUCCUUCAAGCGUUCAGCCUCAGACCAAUUCCAAGGACGGGGCAACUAGUGCACCGGUUCGCCUGACACAGCCACCUCCUCACGGCUCUUCAUCUCCAAGCAGACUCUCGAUUCUAUCACCACCCGCGUCUCCGCAGGGUCCUUUCUCCAUCAUCAUCCUAUGUCCCCUGGACAACGCUCGCAAAGCCACCAAGCAACAUAUUGAACAAGUUGUUCCAUAUGAAAUUCCGUUCACAAUUACGACUCUAUCGGAUAUUGACGAGUGGAAGGACAUGAUGCAGCCCGGCUCUAGGACUCCUUGCACCCACUUAGUUCUAAACCUGCCUGCGACUGAUGACAUCUUGGAGGUCAUUCAGCACGUGUCUGAAUCCGAACCGGGCACUGCUCCUGUUGUCGUGAUCAUCUCGGACUUGUAUCAGAAACGCCAGAUCAGCACCCGCGUCAAGGAGUUGGCCGCAACGGGGAAGAAAGUCUUUAUCGUGCCGAAACCCGUCAAACCCUCAGCCUUCUCCACCAUCUUUGAUCCAGAUAGCAAACGCGAACUGAGCAAAGAUCGCAAUCAGGACAUGGCGCGAGAAAUCAACCACAACUUCAAGACCGUGUCCAAGAUGGUCAAGGAGGUGCUUGGCAACAAGGGUUAUCGGAUCUUGCUUGUUGAGGAUGACGAAACCAAUCGUGAUGUCAUGCUGAAAUAUUUGGACAAGAUCAAGCUCAUGUCCGAAACUGCUUCUAACGGGCAAGAGUGCACUGACAUGGUGCUUUCCAAAGAACCGGGCUACUACUCUCUCAUCAUUUGCGAUAUCCAAAUGCCAAUCAAGAAUGGCUACGAUACGUGUCGAGACAUUCGUGCAUGGGAACAGAAGAACCACUAUCCUCAAAUCCCGAUCAUGGCUCUGUCGGCCAAUGCGAUGACAGAUCAAAUCGAGAAUGCUGCCCGUGCUGGUUUCAAUGACUAUGUCACGAAACCCAUCAAGCAUAACGAGCUGGGCAAAAUGAUGAUGGGGCUGCUGGACCCUAGCCGACCUCUUCAGCUCCUUCGGGAUCGCCUUAGCGGAGGAGGCGAGGUUUCUCCCUCAAACCGUCGCUAGAGACUCUAUCACCUCACCUUGACGCAACUACCGCCCUCCGUCGAUGCACGAUCACCAAUCCUUUACCUCGUGCUUUGGUGGUUCUCUUUCUUCUCUCCCCUCCUCCUGGUUCUCUCAACAUCUGAACAGUCCUUUUCUUUUUCCCUCUCCAGCAAACGAUUGGUUGAGCGGGCUUCUGGUUCUUGUUUUUCAUGAUUAUCUUACGGUGCAACUAUACGGGUUUACGGAACGGUAAAGCGCUCGCCUACGAUCUUCCUUUUUAUCGCAUCGUCCCGUCUGCCGGGCCUUGAUCAUUCCAUGCGCGCUAUCUGCAUCUGCAUUGGGCAUUGGAUCUCUGGUGCACUUUCAAGCAUCUGUUUACCUGGGUCGAGGGGCAAAGGCUAUUCUUUCUUGUAUUAUCGACUUUUUUCAUCACCGUGCCCUUGGGUGACUUUGCUUUCUGACCCUUUCGACCUCGAGUGCAUGGCGUCAAUGCCCGGAUCUGGUUGUUAUGCCUGUAUUUUUUUCUUCUUCUAUGUCUGGUCUGGGCCCUUUCUGAGCCUCGUUUUGUUUCUUUCUUCUCUUGUGAUACCAGACUACGAGCGCGUAACGAUAUGGAUCUUACUUCUAGAUCUGUAUUUGUCAAUAAUCCAACUUUUACUGUUUAUCUCCUUUCUCUUGUCUGGUUGUGUUGUGAGUCUAGAGGGAGAUUCAUAUGAUAGAGAUACCAGACUGCCUCUUCGUCUGUCAUGAAUUAAAUGUG